CUCUUCAUUAUGUCUGUGAUGACUCACUUUGUCUACUUUCUGUUUCUUCUAGAUAAGUCUCUUUCUCUUCUUACUUAACCUUUGUGUAUAAUAAAAAGAAAGACUUUCUUUUGUGUUUAGCUUGAAAUUUCUAGUACAUUAUUGGUCAGUUGCUCUUUCUGCUUUCUCAGUUCCAACUCUAUAAUUUCAAAGUAAUCACUUCACUUUUCUGUUUGGAAGUGGAAUUUCAGGCUAGCUAAAUAUAGUCUGUGAAUUUACUCUUCUUUGCUCUGAUUUUCUAGUACUACCAUUUUUAUGUGUCAUAAUUUCCUUUGAAGCUCUACAACAUAUGUUCUUCCUCAUGUAUUCCUGUGUUAAAAGAGGAUUUCAUGACCAAAAAAUCUUGUCUUUUUCCUUUUCUGUAUCUCAGUUUUUGUAUAAUAUCUAGCUCUAUUUUGCUAUAGUUCGAUUCUGGACUCUUUCUUGUUCAUAAUUAUAGUAUUGAUUUAGUUUCUGCUGACUCUCAAUCUUGUAGCUAGAGCUCACUUGGCUAUAGAAAAGAACUUUCUUUAUUUUUAACGCGAUUUCAGCUUACUGAGGACAUGGCCCUUGAUAGGAGGGUAUGAAGGUCGAAGAUUAGGGCGGAAGGGUAACAGGUCGUAGUUUGUUUUUUUGAACCGUUUCGGGUUUAUUUAGGGCAAGUCUGCUAGUACCUUGUUGUUGUGUCUUAGAGUGCUAGUAUUAGGGUGGGUUUUAGUACUAUCUUCCUCUUCGGUUUUAGUACCUUGCCUUUGUUACUGCUUCGCUAUUGCUAUUGUUAUUGCUUUCUACCAUCUGUUUUUUCCUAUUCAUACAUUGUUGGUUUCAUUUUCCUGGCUUGUUGUUGAUAUUUACCUGGUUCUAUUCUUUCUCUCAAGCUGAGGGUCUUUCAUAAACAACCUCUCUACUUCCCUAGGUUAGGGUAAGGUCUGCGUACACAUUACCCUCCCCAUACCCCACUUGUGACAUUUGGGGUAUUAUGUCUUUUGCUUAUUGGCAAAAUGGGAUCUUUUGCUUUUUCUAAGUCAUUUGGGGUAUUAUGUCUUGUAACUUUGUUAAUGGUUUCCAUAUUGCAUUUAGUUAGUGGGAUUGGUGCCAAUUGGGGAACUCAAUCAACACACAAUUUGCCUCCUGAGAUAGUAGUCAAAAUGCUAAAGGACAAUGGGUUCCAAAAAGUUAAGCUUUUUGAUGCUGAUUAUGACACACUUAAAGCUUUGGGCAACUCUGGCAUUGAAGUUAUGGUUGGUAUUCCUAAUGACAUGCUUACAACCUUAGGCAGCUUGAAAGCUGCUGAGAAAUGGGUUUCCAAGAAUGUUUCUGUCCACCUUUCUCACAACAAUGUGAACAUCAGGUACGUUGCAGUUGGAAAUGAGCCUUUCUUGGAAACAUAUAAUGGAAGUUAUCUAAGAACAACAUUUCCUGCUCUACAAAAUGUCCAAACUGCACUCGUAAAGGCUGGCCAUGGUAAUCAAGUGAAGGUCACCGUCCCCCUCAAUGCCGAUGUUUAUGAGAGUGCUAGUAGCUUGCCAUCAGGCGGUGAUUUUCGAGCAGAUAUCCAUAACUUUGUGAUCCAAAUAGUCAAGUUCUUAAGCGAUAAUGGUUGCCCUUUUACUAUCAAUAUCUACCCAUUCAUAAGCCUCUAUAUGGAUUCCAACUUUCCAGUUGAAUAUGCAUUCUUUGAUGGAAAUGCAACACCUCUAAACGAUGGCGGGAUAAUCUACACCAACAUGUUUGAUGCAAAUCAUGACACUCUAGUGUGGGCUUUAAAGAAGAAUGGGUUCGGGAACUUACCUAUUAUAGUCGGAGAAAUUGGUUGGCCCACAGAUGGGGACCGCAAUGCUAACCUACAAUUAGCGCAGCGUUUCAACCAAGGGUUCAUGGCUCAUAUAUCAGAAGGAAAAGGCACCCCUAUGAGGCCUGGUCCUGUUGAUGCCUAUCUGUUUAGUUUAAUUGAUGAGGAUGCAAAAAGCAUCCAGCCUGGGAAUUUCGAACGUCACUGGGGAAUAUUCGCCUAUGAUGGGCGACCAAAAUACUCACUAAACCUUGGCACCACAAAUUCAGGAUCUUUAGUUCCAGCUAGUAAUGUGAAGUAUUUGGAAAGGAAAUGGUGUGUGCUCAAGCCUGACGCUAAGCUUGAUGACCCCCAGAUUGCGCCUAGUGUGAGUUAUGCUUGCGCGCGUGCUGAUUGCACAAGCCUUGGUUAUGGGACAUCGUGUGGAGGCCUGGAUGCGCGAGGAAACGUUUCAUAUGCAUUCAACAGCUACUAUCAGAUAAACAAUCAGCUCGACGUUGCCUGCAAGUUCUCAGGGCUUGGGACAAUCACAAAGUCGGAUCCAUCUACGCCAAGUUGCAAGUUUGGGAUCACGAUCGAACCAUACUAUGGAGGUGCAGAACAAAAAUUUGUCUAUACAAGGUUGUUAUUGUCUCUGAUUCUCUUGCUAUGGACAAUUUUGUGACGUUCUACACUUCUUUUUUCUAGUUAUCUAAUUUGUUUAUAAAAAUAGUUGUUACCCUGCAAUGUACCAUACGUUAGUGAUUUGUCUUCUUUAGAAGCUCUUUGCAUGAGGAACAUAAUGUUUGCUUCUUUAGGAGCUCAUUUCAUAUUGGAUUUAACUUAUA